ACACCCGGUUGUCGGUCAGUGAUAAUAUACCGUUGCAACUCGAGCUACGUCGUCGCGAACAAGCAUGAGAACCGUCGUAGCCUUGUGCCUUUUGGCUGUACUUUGUACCGUCGACGCGAAUAAUUUGAAUAUUCUGAAAGCUCAAGUUGAAAGAUCGAAGACCAGCGUGCAGAAUGCCGUGCGACAACUCGAGCGUCUUCGCAAAAACACCGAGCAAGAUACCGUUUUCAAAGUCAAAAAUAAGAAAAUCGAAUACAUGAUGGCAUACAACGACUACAACAAUCGGAUACUCGCUGAGAUAUCAAAGAAAGUAAAAGAUGCUAACGCGAAAGGCAAAAACGCUCAGCCUUGCUACGACAACGCGUUGAACAGUCUCAGAGAUCUCAGGAAUACGGUUACAAGCGACGACGCGCGAUGCGUUGACAUCGCGCAAAAUUCCAUCAAGAGCGAAAUUAGUUUUACCGAUAGACUCAUCUCGACUGGAAACCAGUUGCUAGGGAAAUUAAACAACAUUUUCCCGAGCUGCUACAACAACGACAUUCUCAAAAUGCAAAACUGCAUCACUCUCGAGCUGGCGAAAACAAACGUCGCGGUGAGGAGCUUGGAAAGCGAUGCCAAAUCCGCCGAGAACACCGCCAGGUCCGCGUCAUCCAGAGUCUUUCUGCAGGCCAACAAGUGUCUGAGCGACGUUUACAAUCCCGCUCAAUCGCGGAUCACCGAUAUCAAAUUGGUUGCCGACAAAUGUCUCCGAGAUCUGUAAAAAACAGAAUGUUUUCCCUUCUGCUAUGCAACAAUGUGUCUGUGCAUUUGUUGUGCGCAUCUCGAAAUUGUAUAAAAUCAGUUUUAAGAACCAAUUUGUAAUUUUGUGCUCUUCUAGUCGUUUAAAGUUUUCUUGGAAAAAUUUCACACAAUUGCAGACGUAUGCUGAACAAGCAUGUGGAUUAAAAAGAUUACUCUUUUGUUUAUCACUUUAGAAAGAUGUUCAGAUUUUAUCGCGAUGAGAGAGAGAGAGAGAGAGAGAGAGAAAAUCUCACUCGUUGUGUUAUGUCUUCUCUUUGAAACGCAACUUGAUUAGUUUUGUUGGAAUUAAAUCGAUUAAUCUUGAUACUUGAUUAAAAUAUUUCUCUACCAAUAUUUUUAUUAGAGAAAUGAAGAUCGAUAUAAUAUCUUGACGGUAAGCGUCGAUAAGAUCUAUUUAUUAGUUUAAAAGAUCUAUAUACUUGUUGCGCUAGUGAUCCGUGAAAAUAAAUUGAAAUAGGUUCUGUAAUCGUUAAGAUAAUCAUCGUUUUAUACAGAUAUAUCACACAAAGAAACACGCACAUAUAUAAAUAUAACAACAUUAUUUGAAUCUUAA